UUGCAUUGCAGUUGUGUGAUCGUCGACUCGUUGCCAGAGAGCAGCAGCAACCAUGGAGGCCCUCUUCGCCGCCGCCUGCUUCGCGUUCCUCCUCCUGAAUGGUGCGCGCGCGCAUCCAUGUUUUCGUUCCUCUUCGCUCGAUCAUAUCCAUGUCAUUUCGUUUGAGCUUUGAUCGAUCAUACAUACCAUUUCGGUUGUGCUUCGGUCGACCGUGUCAUUUCUCCCUGCUCAUCAUUGCUCCGAUCUCUUGCUGGAAUUUUACGUGUUUUAUGUUUUGGGAUUUUGCACGCGCAGCCGCUGGUGUGGAGUCUCGGCGGUGCCGCUGCGACGGCGACGGCGACGACAAGCCGUCGUACGAUACGACAAGCUGUUCGUGUUCGGCGACUCCUUCGCCGACACCGGAAACCUCCGCAAGGGCGAUCUGAAAUGGGAGACGCGAGGCUGGUACGAGCCCUCCGGCAUGUCGGACGACGACCACGACAACAAACCCACCGGCCGCUGCUCUGACGGCUUGGUUCAGUCUGAUUUCCUCGCCAAGAUUAUCCUGGGGCAGAAGGAGGCCCCUCCGCCGGAGAGGCUUCGGCGGCAGGACGGCGUGGACCUGUCCUCCGGCGUCAACUUCGCCAGCUCCGGCUCCGGCGUGUUCCCGGGGUGGAACUUGGACAAGCAGGUCAAGAAGUUCAAGAGGCUGCUCCGGAAGAGGAUCAUCGGCAAGGACCUCAGCCAGUCGGUCGCGCUCGUCUCCAUCGCGUCCGGCGCCGACUACGCCGACGCCCCCAGCGACCUGCCCGCCAUGGACCCCCUGGUGAGCGCGCACACUGACACGGCCAUGGCCUCUCGACCAGCCUUGCACGCACGCGCGCGCGCUGAGAACUGA